AAUAUGGCGUGUCGAUCGUAGCACUUUCCUAAUCGCACAAUUGUCUGAACAGAAAGUUAACUACAACACCGUUGAUGUUAUCGCUUCAAAAAGCUUAGAGAAGGUAGAUAAUAGGUAGAUGAUACUUAAAAUGAAACUAUUUUUGAACCUCGGGUUGAUUUCGUCUAAACGGCUGCCGUACUUGCGCACCAAUCUCUUCAGUCACUCGCACUGCUGGAGAAAAAUGGCGACUGAAGUGGAAAAGGCGCAGGCUGCAGCUCCUGGAGGUGAUACGAUUUUCGGGAAAAUACUGCGCAAAGAGAUACCUUGUAAUUUCAUUUACGAGGAUGAUAAGUGCGUCGCAUUUCAAGACGUCAACCCUCAAGCACCUGUGCAUUUUUUGGUGAUUCCACGGAAACCAAUUCAACAACUGUCAAAAGCAGAGGACGAAGACGAAGGUGUCCUGGGACAUUUAAUGCUAGUCGCGCGUAAAGUGGCGAAGCAGCAAGGCCUUGAUAAUGGUUUUCGUUUAGUCGUAAACGACGGAAAAGACGGUGCACAGUCUGUAUUCCAUUUACACCUUCAUGUUCUCGGUGGUCGUCAAUUGCAGUGGCCCCCUGGUUAAGAAAUUUUACCGUGAUCGGUAAAAAUUUUCCAAUAUUUAUAAUCUGUUUUAUAAAGGGUAUGUUCGGACAGUAAUAAAGCAUUGAAAAAG